GUACUAAGGUGUUGCGGGGCCGGCAGCCCAUCCUUUGCGCGACGCGUCGACGUGAAGCUAUGCAUAUUAUUGAGGCUUCCUCUGUUCUUCUGUCGUGAUCGUUCUUCCUGCUUAUCAUUAAAUCUGAGGCUGAAAACAAGCUCGACCUACAGCGGUAUCAUAAGCCCCUCCGAAGCCAAGCGACUCUUCUACCCUAACAAGCAACCCCGCCAUGGCCGCCACGAAAGCUAUCCUUGUAACUGGCGCUACUGGCAAACAAGGCGGAGCCGUGCUCGAACAACUCGCAAAGCACCCAUCGCACGCUGAAUAUACACUCUUGGCUGUCACCCGUGACGCCAACUCCGGCUCUGCAAAGAAGAUUGUCGAGCGUCACCCCGACGUCAAGUUGGUGCAAGGCAACUUGGACGAUUGCCCAGCGCUCUUCGCAUCAGCUAAGGCUGCACUCAAAGAAGCCGGUAAAGAAGAGAAGAUCUGGGGUGUAUACUCUGUACAAGUUUCUCUAGGCAAGAAUGUCACCCACGAAAGCGAGGUUGUGCAGGGUAACGCUCUAAUCGAUGAGUCGAUUAAAGAAGGCGUCACGCACUUCGUUUACUCCAGCGUCGACCGCGGCGGCAACGAGCGAAGUUUCGAGAACCCAACGCCCAUCCCACAUUUCCAGAGCAAGUACGAGAUCGAGAAGCAUCUUCUCGAGAAGGCUGGCAAGAAUGGCGAGACCAUGGGCUGGACCAUUCUCCGACCUGUUGCCUUCAUGGACAACUUAGUACCUGGUUUCCCAAGCAAAGUCUUCCUUGCCGCGCUUCGUGAUACAUUGCAGGGCAAGUCCAACCAGUGGGUGUCUGUUGAAGACAUUGGCCUUUUCGGUGCAAAAGCAUUCGUCAACAACCAAGAAUGGAACGGACGCGCCGAGGCUCUCGCCGGUAGUGAGCUCACCAUGGACGAGAUGAGUGGAUGUUUCGAGCGUGUUAUUGGCAGUCCAGUGCCGGCCACCUACGGCAUGUUUGGCUCCGCGCUUAUGUGGGCCGUCACCGAAGUGAACGUCAUGAUUAGUUGGUUUGCAUCUGAGGGCUAUGGUUGUGAUAUCAACAAGUUGAGGAAGGAGGAGCCUAAGCUGUGUGAUUUCGAGACUUGGCUGGCAGAGAGGAGUGGGUGGAAGGGACAGGCUAUCAAGCGAUAGAUGAUGAUGCCUCCAUAUUCUGGCGGGGAUAAGCCUCUAGCGUCGGAUUUUUGAGCUUUUUGGGAUCCUGACCCUUGUCCCGGUGUCUUCUGUAGUUUUCGAUGAAUUCAUGAUCCUCAAACAAUGCUUGUCCAAUAUUACUGAACUUAUCAUUCCUGACGCACAUGUUCUUAGUUCUCAGCUGCGUCACCAUCGUACUCGGAGAUUCCGCUGGUAGCGAAUCAAACACAACUCCAAACACCUACACAUACAAAAACGAUGUGGUAGGCAGCACAAUGGCCGAACUCCUAACUGCA